ACAGACAUUUCAAGCCACCUUCGAGUCGUCCCCUUACUAUGAACCACUAGUUUCAUUUUCAUAUUCAUAACAUAUCUUACCGAUCAUCUCCAUGCUUCACAGUCAGCGGACGCAGAGUAGAGCUAGUAGAUAAUCGAGAUCCUCUUCUCUUCUCUUGCAUGCUCGAUCACAGAUUGUAUUUGAAAGAAUGGACUGUAAUAUUGGCAACCUUUCUUGUUACCUCAUCCUUUCCUUUUCGCUUCUUCUUGUAACUUCCAUAUCAUCCUCAGCUGCAAAUGAUCGUCGAAGCUAUAUCAUCCACAUGGAUGAGGGUGCUAUGCCGGCUCCAUUCUCCACGCCCCGGGGCUGGCACCAAUCGGUUCUGUCAUCGCUCUCAUCGACAGAAGAUGCUCCCCCGAUCCAUCUCUAUUCUUAUAGCCAUGUGAUGGAUGGCUUCAGCGCGGUUCUUUCAGAGUCCCAUCUAGAACAGCUCGAGAAAAUGCCCGGCCAUGUUGCCACUUAUGCAGAGACAUUCGGACAUCUCCACACAACCCACAGCAGUGAGUUUCUUGGCUUGAAAAAUCAGGCCGGGUUGUGGCCGGAGGCCAGAUUUGGGGAGGGCGUGAUUGUUGGUAUCAUUGACACCGGGAUAUGGCCUGAAAGUGAGAGUUUCAACGAGGAGGGGAUGCCUCCCGUGCCAGCGCGAUGGCGUGGUACCUGUGAAACCGGGACUGAGUUCAACUCUUCUCACUGUAACAGGAAACUUAUUGGUGCCAGGUCUUUCAGCAAGGCUUUCAAGGAGGCCGGGCUGAACAUAUCAAAAACAUACGACUAUGAUUCUCCGAGGGAUUUCAUGGGGCAUGGGACACAUACAUCCUCUAUAGCUGCCGGCAGCCCAGUGCAGUGUGCCAAUUACUUCAGAUAUGCCAAGGGAAAGGCGAUUGGCUUGGCUCCAAAAGCCCACCUAGCCAUGUACAAAGUGUUCCACCAUAAUGAAUCUGAUGAAGCUGCAGCUGCAAGUGAUACGCUGGCCGGGAUAGAUCAGGCUAUAGAUGAUGGCGUAGAUCUCAUUUCUCUGUCAUUAGGCUUCCCCGACAGUCCAUUCUACAAAAACCCAAUUGCACUUGGAGCUUUUGCUGCAAUGGAGAAAGGGAUCUUCGUGGCCUGUUCAGCCGGAAAUAGUGGUCAGUUUAAGCUAUUCAAUGAAGCUCCUUGGAUUACCACCGUUGGUGCUGGGACUCUUGACCGGAAUUUCGCAGGUUUUGUAACCCUUGGCAAUGGAGACUUCACAAUCACUGGAAGGUCUCUUUACCCAGAAAACCAGUUAGUCUUCAAAGUCCCUUUAUACUAUGGACACGGAAACAGAAGCAAGGAGACCUGUAAAUACGCUGCCUUAGACGCUGAAGAUGUUGCGGGAAAGUACAUCUUUUGCUACUUCACAAAUAGAACAUCAGUACUAUAUCAGCAACUGCGUGAACUUAACAGAUCAGGAGCGGCUGGAGCUAUCUUAAGCUCAGAUUUUGGGCUGUUGAUCCGUUCCGGAGACUUCAACUUACCAUUUGUAAUUGUGAACCAUAAAGAUGGAAAGCUGGUGAAGGAUUACAUAAUCAACAAUGACAAUCCAAUCGUGUCCAUUUUGUUCCAGAAAACGCUACUGGGCACUAAGCCAGCUCCCCAGGUUACAGACUUCUCAUCGAGGGGGCCAAGUCUAGUGGCUCCAUGGGUACUGAAACCAGAUAUAUUGGCUCCUGGUUAUGACAUCUUGGCCGCGUGGGUACCAAACAAGAAGGGGGCAUUUAUUCGUGACAAUUACUUGCUCACAGAUUAUGUGCUUUUGUCAGGCACUUCCAUGUCCUCUCCCCAUAUAGCGGCCGUAGCUGCACUGCUUAAAUCAGUCCACGCUGACUGGAGCUCAGCUGCAAUCCGAUCAGCUAUGAUGACCACUGCUGAUGUCCUUGACAACAAAGAUGGUGUGAUCACUGACAUGGCCACUGGUGCUGCGGCUACCCCUCUAGAUUUUGGGGCAGGGCAUGUUAAUCCCAACAAAGCCAUGGACCCUGGCCUUGUGUAUGACAUUGAGAUCCAGGACUAUAUUGAUUUCCUCUGCGCUAUGAAGUAUACAACAAAGCAGAUCAGGAUAAUCACAAGGAGGUCAGAUUUCAACUGUGACAAUGCCAAUCUCGAUCUUAAUUAUCCUUCCUUUGCCAUCAUCUUGAACAUCACCAAUGCUAUUAGUACUUACACAUUUAGGAGGGUGCUGACAAAUGCAGCAGAUUCAAAUUCUGUUUAUAGAGUUCAGGUGGUGGUUCCAUCUGAUAUGAAAAUUGCUGUGCAGCCGUCGGAGAUCUAUUUUCCUGGAAAAUACAGCAAGGUUGAGUUUAACUUGACAGUUGAGAUUGAUCUGGGACAUAGUUCAGAGAGCGAUUAUAAUGGGACAUAUGGGUUUUUGAGCUGGUGUGAGGUCAAUGGGACGCAUGUAAUAAGAAGUCCAAUAGUCUCUUAUGUUCUUUCUUAAGCAGUAGGAGUGCUUCAAAUAAGUGUACUUCUAAGCGCAUGCUCCAGCAACUUUCCGGUCUAUUAUACAUGAUACAUGCAAUUGAAUCCCUCGUAAAAAUAUCAAGUAGGAUAUAAUAUUUUUAAAUUUGCACAACCAUCAAC